AUGGCAGCAGCGGACCUACUCUACGAAGAGGACCUAUUUUGUCCCCAGUGCUCUGAGAUUUAUUGUGUUCCUGUUCGGUUGAAAUGUGGCCAUAAUAUUUGCAGAGUUUGUUUACACAAAUUCUGGGAAUGGAAGGGAUGUCGAGAAUGCCCGGUGUGUCGCACUGUGUGUGUCCCUGGGAGGCCUCCUGUCAAUCUGACUCUAAAGAUAGCAGCAGAUGAAUAUCAGCUGCGACGGAGCAGCGGGGACCAAGACGUCUGUUGUUUCCACAAUGAGAAGCUCACACUUUUUUGUCAGAACGACGAGGAGCCUGUGUGUGUCAUCUGCCAGAUGUCAAAAGAGCAUAAAGUUCACGAGUGCGGCCCAUUAGAGGAGGCUGCUAAGGAGAAAAAGACAGAAAUUUCUACCAUGCUGGAGUCCGUCAGGAAAAAGCUCAAAACCCUUAACAAGACCGAGGAGCAGUGGAGAGAGACAAAAACCUACAUACAGACCCAAGCUCUUCAAAACGAGAAGGCGAUAAAGGAGGAGUUUCAGAAGCUGCACCAGUUCCUCUGGGAGGAGGAGAAGAAGCGGCUGAAGCUGCUCAAACAGGAAGAGGAAGUCAGGACCCAGGUGAUGUGUGAAAAGCUGGAAAACAUCAAGGACCAGAUCAGAGGCGUCGAGUCCAUCAUCACUGACAUUGAGGGAGCUCUCAGAGGGGAGGAGCUAAAGUUUCUGAAGGAUUACAAGAAGACAAAGAAAAGGGUCCAAUUCAACAUCCGAGAGCCGGAGUGUAUCAGAGACAUCCUGAUAAACUCUGCCAAGCACCUGGGGUCGCUCAAGUUCGCGAUUUAUAAGAGCAUGGCCAAGCUAGUCGAAUACGUUCCCAUCACUCUGGACCCCAACACGGCCCACUCCAACUUAGAGUUGUCUGAGGAGCUGACCUGUGUGCAGUACAGCAGGAGGCAGCUGCUCCCCGACAACCCGGAGCGCUGCACCAGCCGCCUGUGUGUGCUCGGAGCCGCCGGCCUCACGUCCGGAAAGCACACCUGGACCGUGCAGGUGGGCCAGAGCAAAGAGUGGUACAUCGGAGUGGUCCGAGAGUCCGUCCAGAGGAAGAGCACCGUCUUCCUCAACCCCGCCGAGGGCUUCUGGGUGAUCGGCCUGUGCAGCGGAGACGGGCUCUGGGCUCAGACCCAGCCUCCCACCAAGCUGGUGCUGAAGCAGAGGCCUGACAGGAUCACGGUGCUACUGGACUGCGACAAGGGAAAGGUGGUGUUCAUCAACGCUGCCGAUUUGACGACGAUACACACGUUCAGAGACCGAUUUACAGAGAAGAUUUUCCCCUACGUCUCCACAGGAUUAUAUGCAGAGGACAAAAUCUGCAGCCGUUUGACAAUCUGUCCUCUGACCAUAACUCUGAAAUUAGAAUAG